AUGACUAAUGCUGGGGAAUGUUUAUAUUCUACAAAAUCUGGUAUGGAGAAGAAGAGUGAUCAAAUGUCAGAAACUGACAAAAUUACUCCGCUACAUAAGAAAAUAAAGACUGGAAACACAAAUACUAGUGAAUAUUGUUCUGAAUCAAUUUAUAAUGAGACUGAGACAGGAAUUAAAGCACUAAAUUGUUGUAAUAAUAUUCAUGAAGGGAAAUUACAAGAAGGUAUUGAGGAAAUAGAGGAGAGAAGGGAAGAAUCAAGAGAAAACAAUAUUAUGAAUGUUAAAGGGAUAGAUAUUUCAAAGAAUAUAGUUAAUUCUACAAAAACUGAAGAUAUAAAUAGUGAUAUGACUUCUAUUGAUGUUGAGUGUUCGAUAUAUUUUAAAGAAGAAAGUAUGAAGAUUGAAUAUGUAAAAUAUGAAACAGGCAAGAACUGUGUUCAUGAAUGUGUUAGACCAUGUAGCUAUGUAGCACCUACUACAUCAAAAUUCGAAGUAGAAUAUGAUUCCGAUGGUAAAAAAAUUCCAGCAAAAGUAUAUUCAUUUAAAUUAGAUACAUUUCAGGCUGUAUCAAUAGAGUGUCUAGAAAUAGGAGAGAGUAUUUUAGUUUCAGCUCAUACAUCUGCAGGAAAGACAUGUGUAGCUGAAUAUGCAAUUGCGAUGGCACUUAGAAGUAAUCAAAGAGUUGUCUAUACAUCCCCUAUAAAGGCUUUAAGUAAUCAGAAGUAUAGGGACUUGAGAUCUACAUUUGGGGAUGGCAAUGUAGGUUUAUUAACAGGAGAUGUUACAGUUAAUCCUUUAGCAUCUAUAAUGGUGAUGACAACAGAAAUUUUAAGAUCAAUGUUAUACAGAGGAAGUGAACUAGUUCGUGAAAUAGCUUGGGUUAUAUUUGAUGAGAUCCAUUAUAUGCGUGAUAAAGAGAGAGGGGUAGUAUGGGAAGAAUCUAUUAUUUUAUUACCAGAUACAGUUAGAUUAGUGUUUUUAUCGGCCACAAUUCCAAAUCAUUUGGAAUUUGCAGAGUGGAUUUGUAGAACUAAACACCAACCAUGCCAUGUAGUUUAUACAGAUUAUAGACCAGUCCCUUUACAACACUUUGUAUUCCCAGCAGGAGGAACAGGAGUUUAUUUAGUUAUGGAUGAAAACAAAAUAUUUAGGGAAGAUAAUUAUUCAAAGGCCCUAUCAAGUUUGAAAUUAACUACUGAAGAGCGAAGUAACCGUGUGGGUGAGUUUAAAAAGAAAAAUACAAGAAGCCAACUUAGAAUAGAUCUAGAAAAUAUUGUGAAUAUGUGCCAAGAACGUAAUUACUUACCAAUAAUUGUUUUUUCAUUUUCUAAAAAAGAUUGUGAAACUAAUGCAAUGUAUCUAGGAUCUACUGACUUGACAAAUUCUGAAGAAAAGGAAAGUAUUGAUUUUAUAUUUCAAAGCGCUCUAGCUACUUUAGCAGAAGAAGAUAGAAAUAUCCCUCAAGUAGUUGGUAUGCUACCAUUGCUACGAAGAGGUAUUGGGAUACAUCAUGGAGGACUUUUGCCUGUUGUGAAAGAAAUUGUAGAAAUUUUAUUUGGUGAGUCUUUUAUAAAAGUACUUUUCUCUACUGAAACAUUUUCUAUGGGUAUUAAUAUGCCUGCAAAGACUGUUAUCUUCACUUCCCUUAGAAAAUUUGAUGGCAAAGAGUCACGUUUAAUAAACUCUGGUGAAUUUAUACAAAUGAGUGGAAGAGCUGGAAGAAGAGGUUUGGAUGAUAGAGGACUUACUAUUAUUAUGUUAGAUGAGCAAGCAGAUCCAUGGGCUGUUAAAGCUAUUUUUACUGGAGAUCCACUAAGAAUUGAUAGCCAAUUCUAUAUAGGCUACAAUAUGUUACUAAAUCUCUUGAGAUUAGAAGGAGCAGAUCCAGAAUAUAUGAUCCAAAGAUCAUUUUCACAGUUUUUGAAAAGAAGAAAAACAGUUUCACUAAAUGAAGAAAAAAAAAGAAUUGAAAAGAUAAUUAGUAAAUAUGAUAUUAAAAAAUUAGAUUUCCAAGUAUUCUUCAAAGAUAAAGAUAAACAAAAUAAAAGUAACAUGUAUGAACAAUAUCCCAAUACUAAUAAACUAGAAAAUAAUGAAAAUAAAGAGAUUUCUCUAUCUUCUCCUAAUUUGGGAUCUUUUAUAAUUAAAGAAAAAAGAAUAGAAGGAAUAGACGAUUUAUAUAAUACAAGUAAUGAUCAAAGUUCACUUGAUAUAUCAAAUAUUGACGAAUUACUUCUAUGUUAUGCUCAAUUUCUUUAUGAAGUUGGUUUCCAUCCUACUUCAAAAGAUGAAGUGCUAUUUGAUCUUUCAAAACUUAGUAAAUAUCAUCCAGUAUCUUCAGAAACUCCUAAACUUAUACUCCCUUUACCAAAUGAGAUUAUAACCAAUUCUUUAGAUCUUGAUAAGUCAAUUGAAUUAUUAACAAGAAGAAUUAUGAAUGAUGAAGAAGUAAAAAAGAAAUUAAAGGACUCUAAAUUAAUAAAAAAUUCUGAUAAGGUACCAUCUCUAAAAAUUGAUGGUGAUUCUUGCCUAUCUAAUUAUGAAAUUAAAUCACAAGAUAUAUAUUCAAUUAAUUCGACAGAUUUAACUUCAAAAUCUCAUGAUACUUUGGAUGUAAAUAAUCAGUUCCAAAAUCAACCUAACAUUGAGAAUUCUUCAGAUGAGCUUCUAAUAUAUGUAAAUAAUAUAGAUUAUAUUCAUCAAGAAUUGGAUAAAAAAAUUUCUAGUAAUGAAAAAGAAUAUCCUUAUUUACAAGGAUUGGGUGAUAUUAUAUCAAAAAUGGCAUAUUCUUUAUAUUCAAAAUUAUGUAUUAUGCUGGAAUUAAAUAAGAAAAUCCGCUCUUUUAUAAUAUCAUCAUCAUUAAGCCAUAGAUUUUUACAUCCAGGACGUCUAGUUUAUAUUAAAUUUCCUGUAGAAUCUGAUUUAAUAAAAGAAGGAACUAUGCAAAAAAGCUUUAAGCCUAGUGACUAUUCAUCACUUUAUCUUCAUCUAUUUAGUGAAAAGAAAAAAGAAAGUUUAAGAAAUACUGUAGAUUUAGGUUGGGGUGUAGUUGUUUCUACGCCUUACCUUAAAACUAAGCAGUUGAAUAAUAUAUUCAUUCUAGAACCCAGUAAUGAAUAUGAUGAAAAUGAAACUAGCUACAAAUAUAUUGAAUAUACAACGAAGGAAUCAUAUAAAGAAAAGGAUCUUCCAAGUAGAGCUACAAAGCAAUAUGUACUUAAAAUUUUGAUUAACACAAACAAUUUACCACAACAGUUCGUAUCUAAAAUCUUAGGUAAUGAUAAAAAUGGCAUUUCAACCCUAAAUACAGAAUCUAAUAAGAUCCAAUCAGAAGACAUAGAUGAAUAUGCGAUAAUAUCCUGUACAACUACAGUAAUUAGUGAAAUUAGUACAGUUAGGCUUAAUAUUCCCAAAAAUAUUGAUCUAACAAAUAAUAGUAAAGGUACAAUAAGAUCUCUAGAAUAUUCUCUAACAAAAGUUAAGGAACAUUUAGGUAUAUCUAAAAUCCCCAUAUUAAAUUAUUGUGGUGAUGAAAUAAUAAAUAUUAAAAGUGCAAAAAAUGAUAAUAUACUCAAAGAUUUGGCUAAAUAUAGAAAUAUUAUGAAUCAAAUAAGAAACGAUUCUUUACUGCUGAAGUAUGAUCCUUCUUUAACCUUAUGUCUUUUAUAUUGGUGCUGUAAUAAAGGAUAUUUAGAAUCCAAUAUCUUAAGAUUAACAAAUGAAUUAUCUAAUCAUGAAUAUAAUAUUUUAAUGCAACAAGAACUCUCUUCUAUGAGGAAAGUCCUCAGAAGUUUGGAUUACAUAGAUAAAAAUAAUGUUGUACAACUUAAGGGAAGGGUUGCUUGCGAAAUUUCAACUUCUGAUGAACUUUUAAUUACUGAAUUAUUAUUCAACAAUACUUUCUUUCAAGAACUCAAUAUUGAAUACAUUGUAGCUAUCUUAUCUUGUUUACUAUAUGAUGAAAAAUGUCAAGAUAUGAAAUUGGAUAAUUCAAUAUUAUUGACAGGUUUUGAAAAUUUACAAAAAGUUGGCAGAAUGAUUAUUAAAGUUUCACAAGAUUCAGGACUCACUAUAACUGAAACUGAAUAUCUUAGUAAAUUUAAACCCCAAAUAAUGCCUAUAAUACUUAAAUGGUGUAAAGGUGAAAGUUUUGCAAAUACUCUAGAAAAUACAAAUUUUUAUGAAGGAAGUGUAAUUAGAUGCUUAAGGAGAUUAGAGGAAUUAUUGAGACAGGUUGCAUCUGCCUGUAAAUCUAUUGGAAAUGAGGAUCUAGAAAAUAAACUUAGGCAUGGGAUAGCAUUAAUUAGACGGGGUAUAGUCUUCACAGCUAGUUUGUAUUUAUAA